AUGGCAGGUACAAGUGAUAAGUACUUUACGAUGCAGGGAAUCGGAGCCUCAGUAUCGGCGUCUGGUCAGGGUGAGAAAGCAGGCUCGCAGGCGUCGCCAUUAAGCGACUGCAGCUCUUCAGAAGUGGAAAACUUGGCUACUGGAGAGUAUACUAUAUACUAUAAUAGACUUGAUUAUACUUUCACCAAUGGAUCAACGACGAUAGUGAUCGCAUGUGAUGGGAAUAUUUAUAAUCCAGAUGAAUGUACUUAUAAAAAUUAUGAUGCUCCUGAGAAUUCGGGUGUACAUGUAGACAACGGUAAAGUUACUUUUACAAGUCUAAAUUCUGCCAGUAAUAAUGGUAUUAAUUCUGACUUUAACAACAACUACAACAACAAUAACAAUGAAGAAGAAUUAUGUCCAACUGAAACCAGCGGAAUCAUCGCUAUUAAUAACGAUAAUAACAAAGUUAAAAAUUGUAUCUUCGAUAGUAUAACGGGUUUGCUUGCUAUUAAAAAUAUAGAUACUAACCAAAAUACCAUGACCAUUAAUCAUGAUAGCAAAGAAAUUACAAUUGAUAACAGAAAUAGUAAUUUUAAUGAAAUAAUAAUUAAUGGUAACAGUGAAAGAAUAAUUGUAAAUAAUCAUGUUCAAAAUAUUGUUGAUAUAAUAAUUGCCGGUAAUAGUGAAUAUAUACAAGUUAAUAACUUUAAUAAUAAUGUUUGCACAAUUAGUAUCACUGGUAACAAUAGACAAAUUGAUAUUUACAAUGGGUAUAAUAACAGGAAUACAGUAACUGUUAAAGGAUUAAGAGGAGUAAUUAAUACAAUUAGUAUGUACUGGUGGACUAAUUUUAACGCAAUUUAUGCUCCUACCCUGUUGAAACAAUCUCAUAGAUUCCCAUAA